UCUGGCUGGGGAUAAAAAGACUUGUGGAAAUAAGACUCCGGAAGCAUCGUUGUUGAGUUCAGGAAGCGGACUGCUUGUAGGCAGUGGGAGGAGAGGGGAGGACAAGGUGGUCCUGUCUAGUAUUACCCCAAAGUUCUGGUCAUUCAGACUCCCUGCUGUACUACUGCAUUUCCCCAAAUCUCCCAAUAUCCUCUCUUUAAAAGAUGCUGCUUGCAUUGGCCAUGAAGAUUUGAAUGAAAAAUUCUGCUUGAGCAUCACUGCUUCUUCUUACGAAUAUGACUUAAACAAACCUGAGGGCAAGUGGACCAGUAAGGCAUUGUGGAUUCACUGUCAUCGUCGGCUAUCCCACCUCAAGAGCAGGCAGGCUAGUUGCCCAGGUCUGCUAGCCAACAUCACCAUGUUCAGCAAGAAGAAGAAGCGCAUUGAGAUCUCCGCCCCCUCCAACUUUGAGCACCGGGUCCACACGGGCUAUGACCAGCAGGAGCAGAAGUUCAUAGGGCUGCCGAGGCAAUGGCAGGGCAUCAUCGAGGAGUCGGCCAAGCGGCCGAAGCCGUUGGUGGAUCCAGUGUGCAUUACGGCCGUCCAGUCUGGCUCUCAGAAGACCAUCGUGCGGGGGAACAAGGCGGCCAAGGACGGCUCCCUGGCCUGGCUGCUGGAUGAGUUUGAGAACAUGUCCGUGUCGCGCUCCAACUCCCUGCGCAGGGACAGCCCCCCCUUCCCGCCUCGGCACGACCAGCUCUACCAGGAGAACGGCCUGAGCGAGGCCCUGGCCAGGCCCUCCCGCCACCACCACCACUACCAUGCUGCCGUCGCCGAGGAAGACUCCGGGGGCAGCAGGGGCAAAGAGCUAAAGGAGCGGAACCGCCACGGCUCCCGGAACGAGCUGGACCAGAGCCGGGAGAGGAGCCGGGAAGACAGGACAGCCGCACAGCACCCCCGGGGGCAGGAGCCCACGGGCAAGCCUCACCACCGGCCGCCCCCUCCAGACUACCACAAGCCCUUCUCGGACCACAGGCACAGGCCGCACGAGCGAGACGGGAGGAGGGAGACGGCCGCCGAGAAGGAGCCGUCGGAGCGCGUGGUCAGAAGGGAGCGUGCGGACGGCCCCGACAAAAGACCCAAAUCGACCUACACCGGGGAGACCAGCCCGCAGUCCCCCCGGGAAAAGCGGCCCCUUUCGGGACCCAAUAUCCGGACCCCAAAUAUCCCCAUCUCCGAGGGGGUCAUGAAAACGGCACAGCAGACCGGGCGGCCUUUUAACACGUACCCGCGAGCGGACACAGAUCCCGUCCGGGGUGCUCAGGCAGAGCACAGGCCUGGGAAACCCCAAGAAACAGCCUCCAACGGCCCCAUAAGUGGCAACAGCAGCUCCUCCAGGCCCCCACCAUCGGUCCCAACGAGAUCCCGGAACCCAGAGCCGCCCCACCCAGGACUCUCCCAGCAUGCCUCGGACCCCCACUUGACGCACGUCCCGCCGCCCGCCCACCAGCCGCCCUACUCUCAGCUGCCCCCUCCCCAGCACCCGCCCCCGCAGCCCCCGGGCCACCCUCCCCCGGCCCCGCAGCAGCCCCGCUCCCCGCAGCGAGAGCCCCAGCGGGUCUCCCACGAACAGUUCCGGGCCGCCUUGCAGAUGGUGGUGGACCCGGGCGACCCCAGGACCUACCUGGACAACUUCAUCAAGAUCGGGGAGGGGUCCACCGGCAUCGUCUGCAUCGCCACCAUCAAGAGCUCCGGGAAGCUGGUGGCCGUCAAGAAGAUGGACCUGCGCAAGCAGCAGCGGCGGGAGCUGCUCUUCAACGAGGUCGUGAUCAUGAGAGACUAUCAGCACGAGAAUGUGGUGGAGAUGUACAACAGCUACCUGGUGGGCGAUGAGCUAUGGGUCGUCAUGGAGUUCCUGGAAGGAGGCGCUUUGACAGACAUUGUCACACACACAAGGAUGAACGAGGAGCAGAUUGCGGCCGUCUGUCUGUCUGUCCUCAAGGCGCUCUCCGUCCUCCAUGCCCAGGGUGUCAUCCACCGAGAUAUCAAGAGUGACUCCAUUCUGCUCACACACGACGGCCGGGUCAAACUCUCCGACUUCGGGUUCUGUGCGCAAGUGAACAAGGAGGUUCCGCGGCGCAAGUCCCUGGUUGGCACCCCUUACUGGAUGGCGCCAGAGCUCAUCUCCCGGUUGCCCUAUGGGCCGGAGGUGGACAUCUGGUCCCUCGGCGUGAUGGUGAUAGAAAUGGUGGAUGGGGAGCCCCCUUAUUUCAACGAGCCCCCUUUGAAGGCCAUGAAGAUGAUCCGGGACAACCUGCCCCCCAAACUCAAAAACGUGCACAAGGUCUCUCCCUCCCUGAAGGGCUUCCUUGACCGCCUGCUGGUCAGGGACCCAGCCCAGCGAGCCACCGCCAACGAACUCUUGAAGCACCCCUUUCUGGGGAAAGCCGGCCCCCCUUCCUGCAUCGUGCCCCUGAUGAGGCAGAACCGGAUGAGAUGAAAGAGGCGGCAGAAACUGGACCAUCUUACCAAAGAGCGAGAGAGAGAAGACACCUCCGUCGUCCCUGGCGAACCCCCCACCACACCCCAACGGCAGCUGGAGCCCCUCCAGGGACAACGGGAACCCCGUGGCAUCUCCCUGCUGAAAGAGGGGGCUUCUCUUCCUUCCUCUGUGGCCAGGGAGACGUGUCACCUCCUCGUUCCACCCUCAGGCCAACCCUCCCUUGAGGGACUCCUCUACGUCCGCCACUGAUGCUGGAGACACAAGUCCCACGAACAAGUCCCACCUCCGGCGAGGAGGGCGCCCUCUCUGCGCCACACUUCCGUACUACUGAGCUCAGAGCAGGGUUUAGUGCCCUGGAAGGGCGGGGGUUGCUUUUUUUUAACAAAAGACUGUAACAAUUCCCGAUUGCUGUUUAGCUGUUCAUAUCACACAAGUCUGGGGCAGUGGCGAUUUGGGUGGGUAGGGGAGAGCUCGAAACGCAACCCCUCUCCAGUCCGUGGUUUCCGAGACCCCUCUCUCAUUCUUCUUGGUAGCACGUCUUUCCUCUCGGAUAGCCAGAGGACAGAGGUGGCGGGGGCCAUUGGCAAGAAGUGUCCCAGAGAGGGGGGGCAGGGAAGCCCCUCUCCCCACAGUCCGGUCAGAUUUCUGGGGACUUCAGCUGAGCCAUGGUUGCCUCUCCCCCUCCCUGAAGAAUCCUUUCCCUGCCCCCCAAGAGCCAAACCUGCCUCGGAUUUUCAAACUGGGGAGAAACACUGCGUCUCUUGGUAUUGGAGAGGAAGGGAAGGAAGCGAGGUGGGUUUUCUCAGGGGCUCCCAUUCUCAGGCAAACAAGACUCUCAGCUCUGCAAAGCAGUCCUUUUAUUUUUUUAGAAAAGAAAAACCUCCCUCCAUAAUUUCCUCCGUGCUCUUAACUGCCAGUUAAAGAGUUUCAGGCCCGGUUCUCUCGUUUUUAAAACGGUCCCUCUUCACAGGGGUUGUGCCCUUCCUGAGCUUCUUCCCCAACCCACGUCUCCCGCUGCUCAGGCAGGAACUGCAGUCGUCACGGGGGAUCCUGACCCGGGAAGGCUGCUUUUAAUCGCAAGCCUGCCUCUUCGUCCCUGGUCUCUGCGCCUCUUGUCGCCGCUUGGCCAGGAUAGAGCUGCCCUGGCCCCUCCCCCCCCCGUCUUGUCUUCUCUUUCCCUUUUGCUCUUUCUCCCCGCCUGACGUUGCCGCGCUGAGCUUGCUUCCUGCCUUCGAUAGUGGCAGCCGUUGCCCCUCCGCUUGCUCUUGAGCUUUGUACUCCCCACCCCAGGCAAAACUGCGACUAGCAAGUUCCUUCGGCCUGGAGGGCAGGCUGGAUUUAUGGAAGUCCCCCUUGUGGGCUUUGUUCUGCUCUUGGCCUAGGGUGUGCCAAGAACAGGCCUUGUUCUGGUUUUAUUUUUUGUCCUGUCUCGCAGCGGGGAGGCUUCCUCUGGACUUCUCCUUUGUGGCUGGUGACGCUCAGCUUGGAGGGUGACUUCGUCUGCCGCCCGCAAUGUCAGAAGUGUGACGUGGGGCUCCUGGGGUCAGGCAGCUGCGCGCCUCUUGGUGUUCCUCACCAGACCUGGAAACCUGCAAACCUUGAGCAUAGCCUAGGAAGCAGUGUUAGGCAGGAAGAAAAGGGAGCAAGAAGAGCAAAUGAACUUCCUGGGCGUUUCUCUGUGAGACUGAACCCCUCCGUGGUUGUGAUGCUCUGUCGUUUGCUCCCCUCCGGCUGAACAAGCAGUGGGAUACCAGCAACAGGGCCUCUCCUGUCAUUGCCCCCCACCCCAGCUUAUUGCUAGGCUGGGGGGGGGGAGGAGAUAGGGAGAUCACUGCUCCUACGUUCCUAGUCUUUAAAAUAGAGGCCAGUACGAGCUUGCAAAGUGGCACUUCCCUAAGCUCUUGCAUUGUUGGCUUUUUUUGGGGGGGGGUGUGUCUGCCUUGCCAGUUGUUGGGAAGCAGCAGCAAAGGCCGGAGGCCGCCCCCUUUGCUCCCGACAUGUCCCUGUGUGCCAUCUUGUGGCAUGGGCAAGGCAGGAAUGUCAGGGGCGGGACAGCAGCUUGAGAGAUGAAGGCCGCUGGGUUUGCUAGCCCUGGGUUGGAUCGGAAGCUCAGGUCCGUCCUUCCCUCUGGGUUGGAGAGGGCUUGAGCCCCCCAUGGCAGGAGAGUGGGGAAGGGUGUGGCAUUCACAGCGCUUUCUGGAAGGGAGGCUUGCUUGGGGGCCUAGGAGACACCGGGAGUCCCCUGGUGUGAGGGGAGGGGAGCAGGCAGAUGUCCCUCCCCUUUGUAAAGUAGGUGCAGCUGCCUUGAGGAACAGAGCUGGCCUCCAGAGGUCUCCACCCCCCUCCAUGCCACACAAGGCACCCCAUCCUUGCAUGCUUGUACAUACAGGAUGGGCUUUUCUGCAUGCAGAGUUACAGGGGAAGGGUUUUGCGGGGGUUUUCUUCUUCAAGAGUUUGGGGGACUUUCUUGCUUCCUGAAUUUAGGUUCUUACGGGUAUAGGUUAUGCAUCACAUUUGCCCUGGAGACGCUUUUCGGGGGCGGGAAGGAAGCACCCCGCUUUCUGACGCCCCUCCUAGGGCUCAAAGGGCAAAUAUUUCUCACGUGCCCCUCCACGAAACCAGGAUCCGCCGGUUGCUGCUUUUGCCGCAAAUUUGCUGUCAGUUGCAACCACUCUAAGGGGGGAAACCCAGGUGUUUGGUUUUUAAAAUCCUGUGGGUUCCACUCCUCAUCUCCACUGGUAUUAGCCAGGUGCAAACUGGCAUAUUUUAGGAGGGAUUUGCAGGUGAGAAAGAGCCAGCCUUGGUCCACGCAGGGCAGAAUUCCUGCAAGGGUCCAGGACUGAGCCCCUCUCCGCCGAUGCUGUUGGCCUGCAAUGCAGAUAUUCCGCAGGACGUCCCCUUGCCCUGUUUGCUUCCUUCUUCUGGUGCUUUUCUUCUCAAAACUGGACAGUGUUUCAUCUCUUCCAAUCUCUAGAGGAACCCUUGCUUGCUACCGACCUGGACCUCCCUUCCUAGCGCACCUGGCGUUUGCCUGCAGGCAAAGGCUUCACCCAGCGCUGCAUUUGUGGAUCUGCUCUGUCCUGCGACAAAGCCCAGGGGCUUUCCUCGAAGGCUUUCUCGGCUUUGAACCUCAGAACAGGCUGGUCUUCGAGGGCCUAGCGACCACUCGAGCCGCUUCCUGCAGCCAGGACCCAACUCCCCAGCCCUUGUGACUUGGCAUCACCGCUCCAACCCCUUUCCGGGAAGCUGGGUUGUCCCACCUCCGGGAACAAUUCUUUUUGUAACUCUAUAUACUGCAGCUUUAAAUCUGAGCCACCCCACGGACCGUUCAUCUCCUGGUAGCUUGCUGACAAAUGGAAGGAGGUGGCAGCCCUAGAAUCUCUGGCUCCUGAGUGCUCAAUUCCCCUCUUCUCACAGCCGUCUGCUGCCUCCGCUCUAGGAACUGGUUUCCCCCAUGCACACAGGGGGGAAAGAAACUAUUUUUUAUGGCACUAACACAGAUGCACAAACACUACACUUUCCCUGCAGGGGGAAAAGACUUCAAAUCUCAUCCUUUCAAGGUGGAGGGUGAUAAACUCUCAGCCUUCCCAAAUCCCACAUAACACUAUAUCUUUUCCCCAGUUUCCUGAGACGCAGGACUGGAAUUUUAACCACAGGCCCUGGCAGAGAAGCCUCGCCCUGUCCCACAGAACUGGCCCCAGAGCCACUCCCUCGUUCCUGUCCCCCCCCCCCCCAUGUAUCCUGCCUCCUUGUAGCUUGAAGAUUUUUAUAUGACUGGAGGUUUAGGAAUGGGGGUCUUGCUCCCCUCCCUGUGAGAAUGACUACUGAUUCAUUUCUGUGGGUUUUUGUUACUUUUUUAAAAAGAGAAGUUAUUUAUAUUGCAUUUUUUUAAAAAAACACACAACAGUAUUUUGCGUUGGGGUGAUUUCCCCCCCCCCAUCCCCUUUGGAUCUGUUGUUUCAGACAGACUGCUGUGACAAAUUCUAGUAAGACGUUCUCGCCAUGAGUUGUAUUGUAUAAAGAACCUGGAUUCUUCAUGUGAUGAGAUUUGGCUGUGGGUUUCUUUGGUUUGGUUGCUGUUUCCCCCCCCCUUCCCUCCCCCCUUUUCAAAUGUGGUGUUUGAAUUUUGGGUGAAAAGUUUUAAAUAGUCAAAAUUCUAGUUUUACAAUUA